ACGGCCUGGAAAGUGCCUGGACCUGCGCCGGACGCCGCCGGGGCCCGAGCUUCUGUUUCCCCCAGCUGCAUGGCGGUGGCUACCUGACUGGAAGCCCGAGUGGGAUGCGGCUGACGCGGAAGCGGCUCUGCUCAUUUCUCAUCGCCCUGUACUGCUUAUUCUCCCUCUACGCUGCCUACCACGUCUUCUUCGGGCGCCGCCGCCAGGCGCCGGCCGGGUCCCCGCGGGGCCUUAGGAAGGGGGCGGUGGCCCCCGCUCGGGAGAGACGCGGCCGAGAACAGUUCACUUUGGAAAGUGAAGAAUGGAAUCCUUGGGAAGGAGAUGAAAAAAAUGAGCAACAAUACAGAUUUAAAACUAGCCUUCAAGUAUUAAAUAAAUCCACGAAAGGAAAAACAGAUCUCAGUGUACAAAUCUGGGGCAAAGCUGCCAUUGUCCAAGCUGGCAGUGUUUCUGCUCAUAUAACAUUCUGAAGAACCUUGUGGGCCUCCUGUGUAUGUCACAGGAUUCACUCCGUUAGAUGGGAACCUCCUCUGCAGAUCUUUUCUGAGUAAUCCCAUCUCCAUUUCUGGCUUCUGCUGAGAUGGCUGAGGAGACCCGCUUGUAUCUCUGGGAGCAUAUUUUUGAAGGCUUACUUGAUCCCAGCGAUGUGACUGCUCAAUGGAGAGAAGGAAAGUCAAUCGUAGGAAGAACACAAUACAGCUUCAUCACUGGUCCAGCUGUAAUACCAGGGUACUUCUCUGUUGAUGUGAAUAAUGUGGUACUCAUUUUAAAUGGAAGAGAAAAAGCAAAGAUCUUUUAUGCCACCCAGUGGUUACUUUAUGCACAAAAUUUAGUGCAAAUUCAAAAACUCCAGCAUCUUGCUGUUGUUUUGCUUGGAAAUGAACAUUGUAAUAAUGAGUGGAUAAACCCAUUCCUCAAAAGAAAUGGAGGCUUCGUGGAGCUGCUUUUCAUAAUAUAUGACAGCCCCUGGAUUAAUGACGUGGAUGUUUUUCAGUGGCCUUUAGGAGUAGCAACGAUGUUUUUAAUUAAGAGCAAGUUGACUUUAAGAUACAGGAAUUUUCCUGUGGUGGAGGCAAGUUGGUCAAUGCUGCAUGAUGAGAGGCCAUAUUUAUGUAAUUUCUUAGGAACAAUUUAUGAAAAUUCAUCCAGACAGGCACUAAUGAACAUUUUGAAAAAAGAUGGGAACGAUAAGCUUUGUUGGGUUUCAGCAAGAGAACACUGGCAGCCUCAGGAAACAAAUGAAAGUCUUAAGAAUUACCAAGAUGCCUUGCUUCAGAGUGAUCUCACAUUGUGCCCAGUCGGAGUAAACACAGAAUGCUAUCGAAUCUAUGAGGCUUGCUCCUAUGGCUCCAUUCCUGUGGUGGAAGACGUGAUGACAGCUGGCAGCUGUGGGAAUACAUCUGUGCACCACAGUGCUCCUCUGCAGUUACUCAAGUCCAUGGGCGCUCCCUUUAUCUUUAUCAAGAACUGGAAGGAACUCCCUGCUGUUUUAGAAAAAGAGAAAACUAUAAUUUUACAAGAAAAAAUUGAAAGAAGAAAAAUGUUACUUCAGUGGUAUCAGCACUUCAAGGCAGAGCUUAAAAUGAAAUUUAGUAAUAUUUUAGAAAGUUCAUUUUUAAUGAAAAAUAAAAGUUAACUUAAUUAUCUGUUUGAGCUAAGAU